UGAAGCCAUUACAAAAUCCUUGUUUUCAGUGGAAUUAAUCUGCAAAAUGUGGAAAAAAAUGAUGCAUUUAGUUUAAUGGGAGUUUGUGCAUAAUCUUUAUUUUGCAUGCAACCAAUAUCGAACAGUUUAUUAAGACAUAAAAUAUCUCACAAAAUAUUUAAAUAUAAUAAUAUUUAUUAGAGUUUUCACCAGAUGUUCGCCAAUUUGUUGUGAAUCGCAUUUGUUUCAUUUUACUUUUGUCUAAUAAAAUUUUUUACUCAUCUAUAUAUUGCAAUAUUUUUAGGAUUACAAGGAGAACAUGUUGAAUCAUCGUGACAACAAAUAUCAUGCUAAAAGAGACCUUGAAAGCACAGCUGUGUUACUUCAUGAGAGAUUUCCACAGAGAAAUAUCCUUAUUAUCAAGCCUGUGAAAAUGGCUUUAAUGACUUUCAGUUGUUAUGAAAACUUUUUGGAAGUUAAUAACUUCGGUGCUCCAACAUAUAAGUUCAAUUAUGACUGCUUGAAACACCUAAGAAUGCUAUUGCAGAAUGUGGAACCCAUUAUUAAGUCCCAGCAAAAUCUUGAAUGUAGGGAGACCAUUUCCACUAAUAUUUUAGCCUCUGGGCAAAAAAUUUUAGUUGGAUUUAGCAAAGGAUGUGUUGUUUUAAACCAACUUUUGUAUGCUUUUACAGCCUUAAAUGAAACACCAGACUGUGAAAUUGAAACCCUUGUGAGAAGCAUUGAAAGCAUGUAUUGGCUUGAUGGUGGACAUUCAGGUGCCUCCUGUACAUGGGUGACAGAAAAAAAUGUUUUGCAUAAUUUUUCUAAACUCAAAGUGGAUGUUCAUAUACAUGUCACACCAUAUCAAGUCCUUUGUGAUACCAGGCCUAGAAUUGGCCAAGAAGAAAAGAAGUUUCGCGAAAGUCUUUCGAGAUUAGGAGUGAAUGUUAAAAGAGUACUUCAUUUUGAAAAUGAGGUACGAUCACUUGAUAUGCACUUUAAAAUUCUAGAUGUUUUUGAAUCGGUUGCAGAAGACUGAACAUUUAUUGUUUGUACAUUCUGAAUAAAUUUCAAAUAAUUAUAUUUUGUCGUAAUUUUAUUCUUUCAACUACAACCAGAGAUACUCCUGCAAAACAUUCUGUAAGUUUGGGGAACUCAAAACAAGAACUGAAAUUCUGAUUGCAUUAUUUUUGAUAUUUCCUGCACUCAUCCAAUGAUGUCAAUAUGCUGUCUCUGAACUAAACUGGAACUUUUAUGCAGUGGUUUAGUGGAAAAUAAUUUUAUUUAUGACUGUCAGAGGGACCAACUUGUGUGGUUUCUAAUUACAGGGCUAUCCGAAAAUAUACUCCAGUUCCCCAAAGCAGAAUACUUUAGGAUGUUCUGCAAUGUAAAAUCA